UUUUUUCUUUUUUCGCAACUCAGAGUGAUUCAUAACAUCGACGUAUACGGACACCAGUUACGGAAAGACAACCGAACCUCGUUGUUAUUUUUCCAUUUUUUAGUUUAAUAAUAAAAGAAAAACAAAAACAUAAUAAAAGCAACAACACUAAAUAAAUAAAUAAUAAAGCAAACGGCAGCACAACAAGGCAACAACAACAACGACUACUACACCAAACGUAAAGAAAAAAGUAGUUAAUGCUGGUUUUUUUUUAGUGUUUAAUUUAAAAGUGUUUUCUCGAGGUGACACAGAAUAUUUUUUCUUUGCUUUUUUUAACUUAACGGUCGUCGUCGUAUAUUGAGUCCUCCUCCUUUGCUUCAUCUUACUCUUCUUAACCACCAGUGCUCUGCUUACAUUUCUCUAUGAUUGGGUGUGUGUGAGUUUGUGUGUGUGAAAAAAAAUAGCUCCGGUUAAUAGUUAAAAAAUAUCGUCGUCAUUUUCGCCGUCACAAACGCAUAGCCGCGGCGCGCAUUGUAAAUAAAUAUUUGACAAAAACAAAAAUUAACACUUUUUUUAUACGCCUACAAGCUUGUUCAUCCUUUUUGAUUAUAGGUAGAGCAUUUGACUAGCGGUGUUUCUUUUUUCCACCUAAAAUAAGUGAUUUUUUUCAUUUAACGGGUUAAUUGUUUAUAACAACAAGAAAGUGUUGAAAAAUAUAUAAAUAAAUAAUUAAAAAUAAAACGUAAGGAGUAAAUAUUGUUAUAUGUGGAACAUGAUAAAAACUAGCGUUGAUUAUAACAGCUUUUUUAUUCAUUUCUUUUGAUUUGGUUUCAAACACUAAUGAAUUGAAUAUUAGUAUGUAUGUAUUACACAACAAUAAAGUAUAAAAUUAAUUCUUUAUAAUCAAAUAAUAAUAAAAUGUAUGUAAAUAGUUAAACACAAAUCACAAAUACAAAAAUAUUAAUGCAACAAAUAUUAAAAAAAUAAUUUGUAAUUUUAAGUAAAAAUUGAAAGAAAAAAAAAUAAAUAAAAUAAAAAGUAAAUAAAUUCUAUCGUAAAAUAGAAUGUGAAUUGUAAAAAAAAAUUUAAAUAAAACAAAAUUGCAAAAAAAUAAAUAUAAAUGAAAUAAAUAAAAUAAAAAAAAUUUAAAUUACGAAUGAAGCGUAAAAAUAAUACAGCAGCAGCUGAAUUGGCAACAAAAAGUUUUAUACAAAAAUUGAAAUUAAAUACAACAACUACAACCAAUUGUUACAAUAAUCAACAGCAGCAGCAACAACAGAAAAAUCGUUACAAUCAAAAUAAGAAAACGGCAUAACUUGAUUGUUACGAGUGCAACCAAAGCGAAAACAAAAUUAACACCAACAACACCAACUAAAAUAGCAAGAAGAACAAAACAAAAAACAAGCAACAAAUUGCAUACAAACUGUUGUAAGUGUGAACACAAAUGAAAACGUCGUCGAAUUCAAGCGCAAAUAAUUUCGACUACUCCAGUCGCCCCGUCUAUGAGGGUGAAGAACUACAAGAACAGCAGCAACAACAACAACGACAACUCGAGUUAUCAGCAGGACAACAAGAAAGCAGACAACAAAUUAUUUACGACACCAGAACGUUAAAUGAACAAGAACGUGAAGAAUUCGUUGAUACAACAGAACCUCAAAGUUUGAUUAAACAGCAACAGCGCCAACCACAGCCACAUCUAACAAUUGUUUAUAACAAAAAACAACUAUCAACAACAACAACAACUACAAGAUCAUCAGCAACUGCAACAGCAACUGCAUCAUCAACAACGAUUGACGAUUAUAAUCAGCUGCAACGACAAUUUGUUGAUAAUUUAAACAUAAAAACUAAAACUAUUGUUGCAGCAGCUGACAGUGAAAGUGACAAGCAGUCACAGCAGCACCAACAACAACAAGAUACAACUAAUAAUAAUAAUACAAAUUUACAAAUUAGUUCAUCUAGUGUUGCAGGUGGUGGCGGCAGCAGUAGUGGUGACAGUGUUGUCAUUUAUAUAGACGACAAUAAUUCAACUAGUGACAACAUUAAUAGUAGCAACGACAUUGCAACUCAUACCAGCAAUAAAAUUUCUAGCGAUAACGUUAAAGAAACAACAUUGCCAUUGUCAAAUAAUAUUCGUUAUACAUCAACUUCCAAGAAUAAAUAUCAGCAACAACAGCCGUUGUCAUUGCAGAAGAGUUAUUCCUUUAAACGAAAACGUGAAACAACAGAGUGUGAUUGUGGUUGCUUGGAUUCAUACAAUUCAUCAUCAGCAGCAUCAUCAUCCGCAAUAGUUGUUGCUGGCAAUAGUGGCUCAGGUCAUUUCAACAACGGCAGCGCCAGCAAUAAAACCAACAACGAGUCUUCGGCAAUUGGUGUCGGUGUAAGCGGUGGCAACGAAAUUAGCGUUGGUGUUAUAAGCAGCAGCACAAACGUGGCGUCCUCAGUGGCCAUUGUACCCAGUAACGGCAUCAAAACGGCCCACACGAAAGUUGCCACCUCUGGGGGGCACGCUAACACGCAGCCCCCCAGCAAACGCUCCAGCAGUGGUGCCGAUGGCGAUUAUCAACUGGUUCAACACGAGGUUCUAUAUUCUUUGUCAGCUGAGUAUGAGGUUUUGGAAUUUUUGGGUCGUGGCACAUUUGGCCAGGUUGUCAAAUGUUGGAAACGAGGCACCUCCGAAAUUGUUGCUAUAAAGAUUCUGAAAAAUCACCCGUCAUAUGCACGCCAGGGACAAAUUGAAGUGUCGAUAUUAUCGCGCUUGAGUCAAGAAAAUGCCGAUGAAUUCAAUUUUGUGCGGGCCUUUGAGUGUUUUCAACACAAAAACCAUACAUGUUUGGUUUUUGAAAUGCUCGAACAAAAUUUAUAUGAUUUUUUGAAACAAAACAAAUUCUCACCAUUACCUCUGAAGUAUAUAAGACCGAUAUUGGAACAGGUUUUAACAGCACUAUUAAAACUCUCACAGUUGGGUUUAAUACACGCUGAUUUAAAGCCAGAAAACAUAAUGUUGGUCGAUCCAGUAAGACAACCCUACAGAGUUAAAGUGAUUGAUUUUGGUAGUGCUUCACAUAUCAGCAAGACUGUAUGCAAUACAUAUUUACAAUCACGUUACUAUCGGGCACCAGAAAUUAUUUUGGGUCUACCAUUUUGUGAAGCAAUCGAUAUGUGGUCAUUAGGCUGUGUAGUGGCAGAACUAUUUUUGGGUUGGCCCCUGUAUCCCGGAUCAUCGGAAUUUGAUCAAAUCAGAUACAUAUCACAAACACAAGGUUUACCAACGCAACAUAUGCUAAGUAGCGCUUCAAAGACUUCGAAAUUCUUUUAUCGUGAUACGGAUUUAACUUAUCCAUUUUGGCGUUUAAAGACCAUAGAAGAAUAUGAGGCUGAAACGAAUACGAAAAGUAAAGAGGCGCGUAAAUAUAUUUUCAAUUGUUUGGAUGACAUUGGUCAGGUGAAUGUGCCUACAGAUCUGGAGGGUGGCCAAUUGUUGGCGGAAAAAACUGAUCGAAGAGAAUUUAUUGAUUUGCUUAAGCGCAUGUUGACCAUUGACCAGGAAAGACGUCUAACACCGGCCGAAGCUCUAAAUCAUUCAUUUACACGUCUCACCCAUUUGGUGGAUUAUGUGUACUGCAACAAUGUAAAGGCAUCCGUACAAAUGAUGGAAGUAUGCCGGCGGGGAGAUUAUCAUCCGGUGCAACCUACUUCAACACUGGUUACGAAUUUCGUACCCAGUACCACAGAGAAUAUGACAUUUACGAUAAAUAAUCAAUUGACAAGUCAAGUGCAACGUCUGGUACGCGAAAGACCUUUAGCUUAUGAGAAUCUUUAUCAAAUCUAUGGUGGACGCAAUGUAGGUCGUCAGUACGCCCAGGGUCGUACAGAUACGUUCCAACAUCAAUUGGUUUCAAAUAUCUUAUGUCCACCAUCGUAUCAAGCAAUGCCCAGUCCCACCAAACAUGUCGUCGUUGGCAGUACAAUGCAACCACCAUUGCAAGUACCUCCACAGCAAUAUGUGAAUGUCCCCGUACCAGUUUCAAUGGUUGAACCAACUUCCGGACAGCGUAUGUUAUUAACCAAUCGAGUGCAAGCGAGUGGUGUAGCCUGGCCGCAAACUGGACGUCAAAUGGCAUUGGUACCGUCAUGGCCGCAGCAGGCACCAGCCCACUCUUUAAUUGUCGAUCCGGCACCUUUCUUAAAUGUCGAAGAAAUCUAUCCAAAACAUUUGAAUAUACCACGUAAUGAUCUCAAAAAGGAAUCGCCUAUCCAUCAUUUGGUCAGCAAAGGCAAUUCGUAUCGUGUGCCGCGUCAUGACAAGAAAGAAAAUCAACAACUGUCACCCGUUAAGAAACGUGUCAAAGAAAGUUCGCCACCUCAUCAGCAACGUUAUAAUCGCACAUCUCACGUUUCACCACAAUAUCAUAACAACCAUCAUAAUUGUAAUUAUGUCAGCAGUGGCGGUGGUGGCGGUUAUAAUGGACAAAGUGGUGCCAGUGGCGGUGCUAUUGUUACUUCAGCUUCAUCUAGUAACAUCAUCAAUGCCAGUGGUAGUCAUCACCAUCAUCACAGUGGUGGCGCUAAUUCCUCUUCGAAUCAACAGCAUGUUAUUAGCAGCAAUGCUGUGUAUGGUAGCAACGGUGGCAGCCAUCAUAUUGUUAACAAUUGUGGAGCUGUUAGUGGAUCGACGGGUAGUGGCAGUGGCUAUCACCAUCACUCCUCCUCUUCGUCGUCUUCUGGUGGACAGCAUCAUAUUUCAUCGCAUCAUUCUCAAUCUCAACAUGGCCAUCAAGUACCGCCACAGCAUCAUGGUGCUAUUGUUAAACAACAAACUAUCACAAUACACGAUACACCAUCACCGUCAGCCGUUAUAACAAUAUCGGACAGUGAGGAUGAGGGUGCUGAUGGACCAACUAUUGUUAACAAUAUAGCACCGGUUAAACAAAGGGCCCAUGCUCAAUCGCAAACCACAUCAUCAAUGUUGCAACAUUCGGCAUCAUCUUCAUCGAUGAGUUGUCGUAACAAUGGUCAUCAACAUGGUCACUCACAUCAACAAAGUCAAACUCAACAACAACAGCAGCAGCCACAGCAACAGCAACAGCCCCAACAAAUGCAUCAUCAGCAGCAACAAACAUAUGCAACUGCAGCAACAUCCAAUUCAAAUUCAAAUAAAUAUCAACAAUAUCAGCAGCAGCAACAACAACAACAACAGCAAUUGCAAACGAUGAAUGUAAAUCAUACAUCAUCGCAGCAUCAAAAUCAAACUCAGAUACAGCAACAGCAGCCACAAGCACAACACCAACAACAACAUCAGCAACAGCCACAACAGCAGCAGCAACAGCAACAACACCAAAUACAACACAGUGUUGCUGCUAUGAAAAAUAAUUCAACGUCCUCCAUAAAAUCGUCAUCGUCAGCAAUGACACCAACUACUAAUAACAGUAAUAGUAACAAUAACAAUGAAUUUAUGGUUGGCGGAAGUGGAACCGGAAAUGGAACUGGAUUUGGCAAUUUCAUUGAUAUACCAAAUCCAAAUUGUCAUAAUCAGCAACAGCAACAACAUCAGCAGCAGCAACAACAACAGAAUCACCAUCAUCCAAAUCAAAAUCAGCAACAACCACAACAGCAACAGCAGCAGCAACACUUACAUUCGAAUAACGAACAAAAACAUCAGCAAUUAUCUUGUGGUGGCACUUUACACUCUUCCUCCUCCAAUACCAAAUCUGUUUCCACUUCUUCCAUCCAACACCACCAAACACACAAUAAUAGUCAAAAUUCACAACCACAACCACAACAACAACAUCAUCAUCACAAACAUUCAACUUCAAAUCUUUUGUAUGGUGGUGGUGGUGGUGGUAGUAGUAGCAAUCAUAAUAUUGUUGCUUCCUCCUCCUCCUCUUCAUCAUCUAUUGGCCCAUCUGCUCCUCAUUCCUCCUCUAAUACAAAUUUUUCUAUAUCCUCUAAUCUAUUUGCCACAUCCUCACAUAAUCACAAUAAUCACACUCAAAACAAUCCAAACUCCUCCUCCUCCACCAAUAACAUGACCGCCACAUCAUCAUCUUCAUCCAAUAAUUCAUCUAAUUCUAUUAUCCAUCACCGUUCAAAACAUGUACAACUAGUAAUACCAUGCGUUACCGUAGGUGAUAAUGAUCAUGACGAAAUGCGACGGCGCAGUAAUGCCACUCAUGCAGCCAGCAAUAGUCCUAAGCAACAUCACCAACAACAGCAGCAACAACAACAGGCUCAGGCAUAUCCCCAGCCAAGUGUCAAAUACGAACCGGGGCAAUCGCAGAAGAAACGAAUUUUAGCCAUGGCCCAAAAUGAAUGCUACAUGCCAUCAUCUCACUCGAGCACCAACAGCAGCUCACAGACAUCAUCCAGUUUACCGCACUUACCCACUAAGCAGGAACCAACCGAAUUCUACGACUAUCCCUCACAACAACAGCAACAGCAGCCUCAACAUGUUGACAGCAAGCGCUCUUCGUGGGCGGCAUCGUCUGGUGGCUCUCAACAACAGGCGCCACCACUAGCACUGCACAAACGUGAGGCACCCUCAGUGGCCCCCUCCUCAUCCGGUGGUUAUGUCCAGCAACCAGCCUCAUCUGGCACUUCGGGCAACGUGCAUCCACCCAUGGCGCACUCGAAGAGCUCCUCGUCGUCCUCUUCAUCGGCUGCUGCCUCAGUGGGACCACCAUCUUGGGGUCCUCCUCAAAUAUAUCGUCAACCAUCUCAUACCUCUCAGUUGCAACAGCAACAACCCACAUCACAAUCUCAACACCAGACCAACACAACAACGCCCAUGGGUAAUUCACCCUCUUCAGCUGUUGCUGCGGCAGCCAUGCUGCAACAAGAUAUUUACGCUGCUGCCGUACAGAAUGACAUGUAUCGACGUCCCACUGUCUUUGUUUCGCAAGCUGCACCAACUUACACAUACAAUCGUGCAGUUGUAGCACCGCCACCGGCUCACAAUAGUUCAAGUCGUCAGGUUAUACCAUCCCAUCCAUUGCCCGCUCACAUACAAUUUCCAACGCAGUACAGCCAAUUUGGUCCCCUAAGUCCAGCCCAGGUAGCCGCCAGCAAACAUGCACAUUACGCACCGACAAAUAUAUGGUAUGGGGGCGAAUAAACACUGAUUUAAACAUAACGAAAAUCAAUUUUAUUCUAGAUCGUUUAUGCAUGAUUGCAACAAGCAGCUAAAUCUACAACAAGAUGAAAACAAAAACACAACAAAUCCUAACAAUUACAAACGUAAUAAUCAUAAUCGCCGUAAAACUAAUAAUGAUGAUAAUGAUAUUAUUAACCUGUAUAACUUGCAACAAUUGCUACAUUUAAAUAAUGGAGACACUGACAUUGGUAGUAGUGGUGGUGGUUCGGAUGUAGUUGAUGGUGUUGAAAAGGUGUCUGCCACCACUACAGCCACUUCGACCACUGCGGCAGCAACAACAGUGGAAGAAAUACAAAAUCUACAAUUAACACAGUGGUGGUUUUUAAUGAUGCAACAAACCAUAUUCAAUUUUAAAACCACCUUUGAGCAGCAACAUCAACAAAUAGCAAAUCUUAGUAGCAAUAAUCAUUUUCCUAGUAGUGAAGAAAUUGUUGCAGCAACAUCAGUGGCUGGUUCUACAAAUCAUUUUGACUUUUUAAAUUUCAUUAAUGCUGAUGUUAAUGAUAAUCAUACAAUAAUCGAUACUACUACUAAUAAUAAUAAUAAUACUUCGUCAUUAUCAGCAGCAGUUGCAGCAAUAGAACAACAACAACAAAAGUAAACCAUUAAUUAAUUAUUUGAAGAUUACAUUUGUUUAAUUUUAUAUUAAAAAAAAAAUACGAAAAUUUACCACAACCAUUUAAACUGAAGUUGAACUUACGCGCAUGUAAUUGAUUUAUUUUUUUAAUUUUUAAUUUUAAAUUUUUCUUUAUUUUUUCUGUUUAUUUCUUUUUUAACAUAAAUAUUAAGAAAAAGUGAUUAUAUUGUUUAUAAUUUUAACUAUAAUAUAAAUAUAUACAUACACCCUAUACAUACAUAAUACAUUAUAUACCUACAAAUACCUAUAUACAACAAACAAACAAACAUAGAUACAUAAAUAUUAAGCAAGACUUAGUUUAUUUUGUUUCCCUCUUUUCCUUACUUAUAUUGCUAAGUUUAAACAAGAAAAUGGAAAUGUGUUUUUUUAACAAGAAUUAUUUUAUAUUUUUAUUAAUUUGUUUGUAAAUAUUUAUUAAUUAUUAUACAUAUUUUAUAUUAAACACUUAUACUAUAUUCUAUAUAUAUAUAUAGAUAUUCAUAAAAAUGAAAAUCUUAAAAAAACAAAAGCUGAAAUAUUCAUACGAGUACUUUUUAUAAUAGAAAUAUUAAGCGAAUCAUGCUUAAAAUUAAUGAAUUAAUUGUAAAAUUACUCACUUUAUUUCUCACUAUAUAUCCCUUUCUCUCUCUCCCCCCUUCGCUCUAUCUCUCGUUCUUAAUUAACAUUAAUUUCUUUACACUGCAACUGUGUAAAUUAGUUUAAUAUUAAAGAAACCACAAAAAUAUGUAGAAAUUUAUCGAUAAUAGUCGUUUUUAUUUUAAUAUUAAUGUAAACAUCGAUUAUUUUUCUCAUUUUAUUUCUAUUUUAAAUUUACUUUAGCAAAGAUUAAAGAAAUUUUGAUCUUUUGAAAAGAGUACGGAAAAUAAUAAAGAAAGGGUUCAUUAAUUUCUAAACAACUUGAAGAGAAUUAAGGGUUUUUUAAGAAGUUAUGUAUGUGCAACAAAUAUAAUUGGUAAAAUUUUAUUCAGCAUAGCUCUUAACAACAGUGCAAACCUUAGAAUCUUUGAAAUGAAAAUUCAAAUGUUCGCAUUGAAUUUAAGUAAAAAGAAUAUAUUUUUUAAAUUAAUUUGAUAUACAUAAACUUCGAAUUGAAUUAUGGACUAUUAAUUUAGAUUUUAGAAAUGUUUAACUUGUAAAAGUGCGAUAUACAACAGAUCAAAAUUAACAGUAUUUUUUUAUUUAAAUAAUACUACCAUAACACACUUAAAAUACAAUACGAUUUUACAAUUAUUUAAUGAAAUAAGAGUCGGCUAAUAGUGAUUUGUUCUUAACAGAUUUUUAACAUCUAAGGCAUGUUCUUCUAUGUCGAGGGAAUGUUUUCAAUUACUUUCUAACGAAUGAAAUAUGAGAUUCCGAUUGAAAUCUCUUUAGAAUUUAAAUGGAAUGCCGAAAUUUGUCUGCCCUUGAUUUGGGUUUAAUUGAGUCAAACGAAAAUUCCUUCUCGGACGAUUUUUUUUCAAUUAAAGACAUAUUUAAUCAAAUAAUCAUGGAACUAUCAUUGAGUUCCAUUCGUAUUACUCUCGUUUUACUAAUAGAAAUUUAUAAUCAGCCCAAAAAAAUUCCCCGGGAGUUUGUUCGCUGGAAGUUUUUUCCCAUUGAAUUUGAAUAGGAAAAAUGAGAAAAGGGAAAAAACUCCCGAGGAGUUUUUAUUCAUAAUUGGGCUGAAUAAUUCUUUAUAUAUUUUUUUUGGGUUUCUCAAAUUUUUUAAUUAAUUUCUAUACAAAAAAAAACAGGCAAAGUAAAUACAAAAUCAAUUGGAAUUUGAAAAAAACUAAACAAACAUCGAUCGGAAUAAUAACGGAAACGAAAUCUUUGCUAACUUUGACAAAUAUUUGUCAAAGAAACAUAGUUAUUGUUUUACACAGUCAUAUACAAUUCCUUGUAGAUCGAAUGACUUAAACGUAGCCUUACAUAAAUGUUAUGGGUCGAUUAUGGAUGGCAACCGGACUUUAGUUGCGUUUGGCAACAUAAAUGAUUGCUGCCAAUUGCCAUCUGUAAUACCAUUUAGGCAACUGAAGCUCGGUUGCCAUCCAUAAUCUUUUUACAAUACUAAUAACAUUUCCCUCCACGGAGAAGUCUAUACAAUUUCUUGUUUCAUCAAUGGAAAUUAAUAAAUUUAAAAAUUUAACUACAACGAAUUAAUUCUUAUUAACAAUUUGUUUAGAAAUUAUCGAACCCUAUCAACUAAUUAUUUUUAUCAUUAAAGUUUUAACAAACUUUUAUAACAACUAUUUAAAUGUGCAACAUUUUUUUAACAUUUUGCUUAAUGUGAAUUUUUUUUAACCUUAUUACAAAACAUUUUAAUUUUAUUUAAAAACAAAUAAACUUUAGAGUUUCACUGAAUGUUGUUGUAACUAUUAAGCAGGCGAAAAAGCAAAAAUAAAACUUCAGCUAAAUGAAGAAAUGAAAAAUUAUGUUUAUUUUAACUAGAAAUAAAACGCAAUAUACAAAGAAAAGCCCCAUAAAAACGGAAAGUUUUUUUUUUAAAAGUAACGUUUUUUUAGAAUUAAACAAAACACAAAAUAUUUACCAAUAUAAAUAGGUAUAUGUAAAAAAAUAAACUUAAAUUUAGAAUUUAGAGUACCUACGGAAAAACUAAAAAAGAAAAACUGAAAACUAAAUGUUUUAUAAAGUUAAAUAACAUUAAAAAAAAGAAUAAAGCAGCACAUGAAAUUUAAAAGAUUUUUUAAAAUAAAUAAAUUAAAUAAAAACUUUUUAUAUAUAUGUAUAACAAAAAUAAAAAUCUAUAUAAAUAUUUAAAUUACUCCCUCCUCUCUCUCUCUCUCUCUCUCUCUUCCCACUUUCUAACACUCUUAAAAAACUUGAAAACAAACAAAGAAUUAAAAUAAUUGUGUUUUUUAUAACUACAAUUAACACAAAUAAAAACAAAUACCAAUAUUCCUUUUUUUAUAUAAAUAUAUAAACAUAAAAAAUAAACAAAUAAAUAUAAAGUUUAAUACAUAUACACAUGCAUACACUAAAUGUAGUUUGUACCUUAAAAAAAUAAAACAAAAUAAUUAUAAAAAAAAGAAAGAUUGAAAACAAACAAAGUAGUUUUAACAAAUCCUAUUUUUUCAUAACAAAGAAAACGGAAAACAAACACGAAAUUUAAAAAUAUUUAUAUACAUACAAAUUAAACAAAAACAAACAAAAAAACAACAACAAAUUUAAAUUAUGAUAACAGCGUUUGCUUUGUAAUGUUAUUUAACAUUUCAAAGUUUAGCUUUUUUGUUUUUUGUUUUCUUAAAAAAAAUAUAAUUUGGAUAAAUGUUUAUUUAGUGAUUUAAAAGGAGUUUUGAAAAUAUUUCAUUUUUUUAUGAAAGACAAUAUUGUAUAUUCUUAAUUAUCUAUUACUAUUAUUAUUACUACCUACAAUUAUUAUUAUUAUUAUAAUUUUCUUAAUUAAUUUAUAUAUUUAAGCUUAAAACAAAAACCAACCUCAUAAAUACAAAACUGAAAUAUUAUUAAUCAUAAUUUUUUUUAUUACUACUACUAUUACUAUAUUACUUUGCCGUGUUUUUAUUAAUUUUAAAAUACUAGGAGCUUUUCACUUAUGAAUUAAUAUAUUUAUAUUAUAACAUUUUUUUAUUAUUAUUAUUAUUGCUAACACACUUGGGUUUAUAUACAUACAAUACUAUACGUUUAUGGAUAAAUUUAAUGUAUAAACAGAUACUAUGUAAUACAAAUAUGUGUCUUUAGUUUUAUUAGUAUGUAGAGAAAAACAAAUGACCUUAAAAUUUUAUUAAAUAUUAGCUUUUUUCUAUGUUAGUUUCAUUUAUGUAAUUGUUUUCUUAAUAUCUUUAUAUUUAUACUGCAUUAACAAAUCAGUUGUAUUCUGUAAAAAAAACGCUUUACUUUGACUUUAUUAUGUCAAAACAUUCAGAACAUUUUCAACUAAUUGAUUGAAACCUUUUUGAAAUAUGAUUAAAAAUAAUUAAACUAAUUUGAAGCCAACAAAUUUAGAAUUUUCAAACAUAAACUUAUUCUAUUUUAUACCAUAAGAUAAUCACUUUUUAUAUAUUUUUUCAUAUAUACCGAUGUUAAUUUAAAAAAGCUAGUGAAGACUUUGCCUUUUUUCGCAUACAAAAUGAAAGCCAGAAAUUGAAUUCACAAGUACUUUUGUGUUAUCAGAAUCCAGAGGAAAAAUCUUUAAAAUUUUUAUGAAUUAUACAUUGAAAUUCAAAAAUUUUUUCUAUUGAAUCCAAAUUUAAAAUAAUCCUGAAUUUGUUAACAAAUUCUUUGGCAUAUUCUUAAAAAAAAAUAUAGUAAAACUUAAAGAGAACAUGCGAUUUAUUACAAUUCAAAAACUUAGUAAAAUUUUAAAAACCUAAAAAUUUAAUCAUUUGAAAUUUGAAUUUAUAUAAAUAUCUCUCUUUUUCAACUCAUUGCAACAGUUCGCUUGAAUUUAUUCACAUAUCACAGAAUUCCGUUGCGAUCAUAAUGUUUCAUUAUUUGGUUCCUUCGGAAAAAAAAUAAAAUUAAAAACUUUCAAUUUUCAAAACAUUAUUUUUAUAUCAUUUUGCUACUGUCAGUUGCAAAAGUUUUCAAGGAAAAAAACUUUUUUUAACAAUUUUACCUGAAGAAAACUUAUACGUUUUAACUGAAUGAUUUAAAAACUGUUUAUGGAUUCCAAAUAUACAGAAGUUAAGCUCCGUAUGUUGUAUUGUAUUAAUAUUUAAGGAUGUUUGUAAGGAAUUGCAAAAUGUGUAUUAUUCAAUUUUAUGCCAGCAGAUUUUAUCACUGCAAAUAUUAAAAAGUUAUUUUGAGUACUACAUAAACUAGACAAUUAACUGACAAAUUUGAAAUUUAUUGCGUAAUACUGCAAACAUUCUUAAAUAUUAAACUGAAAAGGAGGUCAACUCCUGUAGAUUGCAAAACCUUAAACGUUCCUGAGAAAAAAACUUGUCUUGUUGUGAAAACCUAAUAGUGGAAAUAUCUCGAAAACUAACAGUACGAUUCUAAAAUUGUUUGUGUUAUGCUGAUAAAACAUUAAAUAUGAAUUUGUUGUUCUAAAUAAAUUCGUUUAAAUAGCAUGGACCACAUUGUAUAUACAAAUUAGUUUUUGCUUUUAUAUAAAACGUGAUCAAUUUAGUUGGUAUAAAAUGGAUUUGAGUUUCAGCUAUAGUAAAUUUAAAAGGGAUUUAAAUAUUUAAAUAAAAUAAUAGUUUCCUUUAAAUAGAAUAUAUUUCCUCUACUUGGAUUAUGGUUUUUUUUUAAUAACUACAAACAUAUUUAAUUUGUUUUUUAAUAAUACUACACGCUUUAUAAGUGAUUUAUAUCAAUAUAUACAAAUAUUUCAUUGUUCUUACACAAACUUAAUAAUUAUUAUUAAUCAUAGUUUUUAUGUACUCAUAUACAUACAUAUACUUUUGAAACUGUAAGACGAAAGAAAAGUCCACUUGUCAGAAUAAUAAAUUGCUUCAGAAUAAAUCAGUUGAGAAGACUAUACUGGGUAGAAUUUACAAUUUAAAAAAACAUUGUGGAUUAUUAGUAAUUUAAUUAAUAUGGGAAUGAAAUUUUAAACCACAAUAUGUUUCUUCUUCAAGUCUAGUUUCAAAGAAUAUUAUCCACCAAACAAAAUGUGAAAAUAAUAGAUUUUUUCAUUUGAUGUUAAAUGUAAUUUUAAAAAACUCCAAUAACUAAUUGUAGAGAAAUUCACUAUAUUGUCAUUAUAUUACAUUUUAUAUACAUUUGAGAAAGGCUUUGAUUUCGAAUCAUUCUCAAUUUGAAACUCUAGGGUUUCUAGAACAAGUUUUUGAUUAUUCCUUGAGUUGGAAAUUUAAAUUAAAUUUAACAAAACAGGAUUUUAAUAUAUUUACUAAGUAAUUCAAAACUUAUAAACAAAUGCCUUCGUUUCCAGUUCCACAAUAAUCGAUCUGAUUUCAAGAUCAACAUAAAUAUGUCAUCGAAAUGGAAUAUUUUGAAAGUAUUAGAAAUUCCACGCCAUUUUCAAUUGUAUUUCAAAAAUUUCGAAUUACAUUUCAAAACUAGGGUUGUGCGAUGAAUCGAAUAGUAAAACAUUCUGAUUAAUCGAUUCAUCAACACUUCUGAUUAAUCAAUUAAAUAGAGUUUUGUUUUUAAAAUUGGAAUAUUUUUGUUCAGAUAAAUUAAUAAAACACAAAAUAAAAAAAAAACAAAAGUUACACAAAAUUCAAAUAAAGUAUUUGAAUUCAUUUAAAUUUCUAACUAAUCAAUUAUACUUUGCUUUGAACAAUAAAAUUAUUCAAUUAAUUAGGAAUAUAAAUAAUCAAAAUGUCUGAUUAAUCAGGAUGUUAGAUUAAUCGCACAUCGCUAUUCAUUUUCCAAAAUUUUGUUUACUUUUUGUAUUAAAAAUGUCCAAAGCCAAAGGAAAUUGGUAAGAACUAGCAAGUAAACAAACAAACUGAUAUACAAAGGAAACAUUCUGAAAUACAAAUCAAAAUAUCGGGAAUAUAAUUGGAAAUGUUUUAUAAUCCAUAGAUUGGGCUUUUGAUGUACGGAAUAUAAUUUUUUAAUUUUGAAUUGAAUUAUUUAGUAAUUUCAGUGGGUUAUUCUGUAAUUCUACAAAUUCGAACAUUUGGAUUUUGUAAUCGUAUUACAAAUUAACCAGACAGGAAUUAAAUUUGAUAUUAAUGUAUGUUUUUUAUAACUUUCUAUUAAAUUUUUAAAUAUGAUAACAAUUUUUAUUCGGUUUCAAUUAAGAAUUAAUUAAAUUUUACGUUUUUUUUUUAAAAAUUUAUAUUAACAUGAUUUUUGUUUUCCUAAAUAAUGUAAAAAUAAUAAAAUAUAUAAUACAUAUAGGUACAUAAAAAUGAUAAAAGAAAAAGAAAACAAUUAAUAUUAUUAACAAAAAAAAUUUAGCUUGUAAUUAUUGUGAUGUAGUUUAUAAUUAAAAACAAUUUAACAAUAAUAAUAUUAAUAUUAAAUAAAUAAUUAAAACAAAUACAAAAUAUAUAAUAUACAUACUAAUUAAAAAAAAGAAUGACGUUAAUAAUUUUUAAUACAAUAUUAUUAUUAUUUAAAAACAAGCAAAAUUACUCUAUGUAACCAAUAAAUUUUAUUAAUUAUUUAAUUAUACAUAUAAUUUUUGUUCUUCUUUUUUACUUACUACAAAAUACUAAAACAAAAUAUCAAAGAAACUUUUUUUAAACAAUUUAAACAAUUAUUAUUAAUAUUACAAAAAACCAACUACUAUUACUAUAUGUAUGUAUUUGCAAACUGAAACAACAAAUUAUAACUUAUUAGUUUAAGUAAGCUUUAACAAAAAAUUACAAACAAAAAACACAAUAAAUAAAGCAAAUAUUAUUUUCAAAAAAAAAACACAAAUUUCACUUUUUAUUACAGUUAACUAUAAAUGAAAAUAAUAAUAAUAAUAAAAAAUUAUUUAAAGCAAAAAAUAAAACACACUUUUUUAUAAACUCAAGAAACAAAAAUGGGAUAAAUUACUAAAUAUAAAUGUUUGUAUUUUUUAAUUAAAUGAAAAAAGAAAAACAAUAUAAAAGAUUUAAUACAGAAGCUAAGAAAAAAUUAAAAGAAACCAGACAAAUACAAGAAUAAUAAAUAACGAGUUAUUUGCAAAUCUUAGUAAAAUAAAAAAAAAACAAUUUUAGUGGGAAAAACAAAAAUUAUUUAUAUACGCCAAAAAUUAAGAAGAAAAAAAAAACAAAUAAUUUAAAUUGUAAGCAGAGAAAACAAACUAAACUAUAACUAUAAAAACAAUAAUUAUUUAUAUUAAAUUAACAUAACAAACAAAAUUAAUUCAAUUUAUAUAUAUAUACGAGUAUAAAACCAGUUAAAAGUGUUGUGAAAUAUAUUUCAUUUUAUAAUUAUUUUUUUAUUUUUUUUUUGAAUUAAUGGUCUUUUUCUAAAUGUUCAUUUCCAUGUAAAUGUUUACAAAAAAAAAAAAAAAAACAUAAGUAGUGUUUUUGCAAUUAAUUUCAAUAUUUAGAAACAUAUUCAAUAUUAAUACAAAAAUAUAUUUAUUACUAAAUGUUUUUGUUUGUUUUAUAAAUGUAACAAAAAAAAAAUACUACUACUACUAAUUGUUUAAUUUUUUACGUUUGCAAAAAGACAUGGUUAAACUACAUAGGACUUUUAAUUUAUCAAAAUUUUAACCAUAAAUUUAAACAUAGAUGAAGUUUAUUUUUUUUAUUUGAAAAAAAAAUGUAAUUUAUCUGUAGUUAAGCCUUAACUAUGGUUAAAAUUUUAAUGAAUAAACUGUCCUAAACAGUAAGGGAGUUUUGAACAAAAAACAAGUGUUGUCUUAAAAAGUUUAAAUUAGAUUUGGAAAAACUUGUUUAAAGUUCCAUAAAACAAUUUAGACAUUUUGUUUGUCAAAAGCAAACCUUAGAACUAUGAUAUAAUUUUCAAUCCGGAGGUUCCUUAUAGGGUUCUAAACCAUAACAUUGUGUAACUUUUACUGAAUUAGUAGAUAGGCCCAUUGGCUACAAGUUGGGCAUAAAUUAAGAAAGGCCAGACAUUACCUCCACGACAAUUAGAUCUUUACUCAGUCAGUGACAGUUGUAUCAGCCGUAAGUUGUUUUCCUAGGGAAGAACUUUCAGCGAAAGCAGACUUGUUACUUGUAUCUGUACUCUAUUAUCGUACGUACAUGUUGAAUUUUCACACCUUUUUUGCAUUCAUUUCGUUUUAAAAAGGGUUUGUUGCAAUUAUUAUAAAUUAUAGAGACAAAAAGUUAGCUGUAACAAGUUUUUGAUACACUCAAUUCAGUGGGUUCAGGACUAUUGAAUAUUGCUAGACCAUUUAAGGAAUUGAGCAAAAGUGCAAUAGAACAUUUUAUAGAUCUAAUUUAAACAACAUUUUUAAUAAGGAUUACUUCGGAUCAGAGCUUCGAAUUAAUUAAUAGAAUUUAGCUUUAUUCACUAAAAUCUUUAUUCGGUUUAUAUAUAAUUCAAUCAAUCCAUUAAUCUCAUUAUACUCAUGGAAUUAACUCAUAAUUAUUCAUAAUAAAAUUCAUUCAACCUUUGAAUUAUUUAAUUUUUCAGCCCAAUUAUGAAUAAAAAAUCCGCGAGAGUUUAUUCCCUUUUGCCAUUUUACCUAUUCAAAUUCAGUGUUAAAAAUGGGAAAAGAGAAAAAUUUCCGCGGAAUUUGUAUUCAUGAUUGGGCUGUUUGUUAACUCAAAUCAAAUACAAAUUGAAUGAAAAUAUUGUUUUUAAUCAUUUAAAAAAAUAAAUUGUCUGAAGCGAUGAUUUUGUAAUUGAUUUGAAUUGAAGAAAAAUUUAAUCAUUGAAUACAUUUUUAAAGCUAUUUUGUAAUGGACGCAUUAAGCCUAUGAAUUCAUUAAGGGAAUGGUUAAAAGAAAAAAUUAAUUUGAUUUGAUUUUGAAAAUUGAAUUAAUUUUAUUAUUUUUUUCAAACCUUUGCUUUGAAUGGGCUUAAUUGUUCGAACUCCUUGCAGAUAUUGUCCUUAAUUAUGUUGUUUUGACUAGAACUUCUGACCAUUGUUAUUAUUCUAACACUUCUGGGAAUAAAUUCAGCUUGUUACAGUAGUCGCCAAGUUAAGAAUAUUUUGUCGAGUGAGUCAUGGGUCAUUGCGAUGCAAAGAUAUAAUCUUAUGCCCCUUUGUUAUUACCGCUUGCAGUCAGUAUCCAGCAAAAAAUUACAUGAUAAAGAAGUAGUUCAAGCUGAGAUUUAACUGAUGAUAAUAAAGUGGUUCGAUUUAGGGGAAUCAUGCAUGAUUUUUUCAUAAUCAUAUGUAUAGGGCUUUCCAUUGAUAGUAAUGCUUAAAAUCAAUGCAAGUUUGAUGAAUCGACUACGUUUUGUAUAUGAAUUGAGAAAGAUAUUUAAAAUUAUUAAAAGCAACAUCGCCAAAACACUGUUUUCAAAAUUUUUCGAUUUUCACAAUAUUAAAAUGAUAAUAAUAAUAAUAAUCAACCCCUUACUUUUGCUUACAAUGUCGCAACAACACCAUAAAUAUAAAUUUACAAUACAAUAGUGGAAAUGAUACAAAUAUAAGAUAUAGUUCGAUUAUGGAUGGCAACUACACUUCAGUUGAGUUGUCAGUUGCCUAAAUGAUAUUACAGAAGGCCCUCUAGCAACACAACUGAAGAUCGGUUGCCAUCCAUAAUCGACCAAUUAAUAUAUUUAAAUAGCAGUUGUAUUUUUGUUUUUCCAAUGUUGGGAUUUAAAUAUUUGGUGAAAUAUUUAAUAUUUCUGUCUGAGAAGACAAGGUUAAAGAAUUUUUAAAAAUAAAAUUUAGUGUUUCAUCACGUAUGAAGAUUUUUAUUUUAGAACUAACCCCCAGUAACACGAAGCCUGGUUAUGUUUUAACUAAUAGUUAUACUGACAGUUGUCAUACAAAAAUAAUUGUAACCGACAGUAUAACUAUUAGUUAACACCUAACCAGGCUUCGUGUUAAUGGGUGUUACUCUCAUAAAAAAUGAUAAACUUUUGAAAAUGUUUAAAUAAUUUUAAUUUUAUUAUAAAUUUUAUACUUUAAAAGCAUCAAAAACAUCGAAUUUUUUAUAUCUUCAAAUUGGACAACACUUGUUUUUUUGUUUCAUUUAAAUACUAGUGAAUAUAUUUCGGAAAGAUAAAAUGGGACAAUUUUUUUUAAUAAAUUAAAAUCAAAUUUAUUAUAUAAGACUGCUAAAUUUGUGCAGCAUUAGUAUGUAACUACAAAAGAAACAAAAAUAUUUUAAAGUAAAACAUAAAAAUAAUGAAAAAAAAGAAAAGAAUUGAACUAAAUUAAGCUGUUUAAAGUGUUUUAUAGAAAUUUAUGGACCAUAAUUAAAAAAAUAUUUAUUAAAAGAAAAACCUAAACAAUUUUAAAUUUUAAUAGAAAAAAAAAAACAAAAAAAAAAGCCAAAAGCUUAUCAUGAAAAUAAUUGUAUUCUUACAAAAAUAAACUAAAACGUUCAAUAAUUAAAUGUGACUACAAAAAUUAUGCUUUAUUUGUAUACAUAAAUUUAAAGUUUUAUAAAAAUUAAAAAAAGAGAAAAUAAUGUAAUAAAAAUAACGUUAUAAACAAAUUUAUGUAAAACAUUCUUGUCUGUAUUUCUGUUAGCUUCAAAUAAAAAUGGAAAUUUUUUAACAAACAGCUAAAAACACAACUUAUUACAUAAAGUAUAUACAAAAUUAAUUACUACUAUUUAUAAAUUGUAAUAUUGUAUACAAACAAUAUGUAUGUAUAUUUAAUUAAUUAGUGUAACAAUUUUAUUAUUUGAUUUAGUUAUAGAAUAGUUUUUUUAUUUUUUAAUUUUCAUAUUAAUCGUUUAAAUACAAAUUCUUUAUUAUUUUUAAUUCUAAUAAUCAUUACUAUUAUUAUUACUACAACAAAUAUAUUACAUUAAUCAAUAUGAUUGAAAAAAUUGCAUAAAA